ACAUACGACCUACUAUUCUUGAGCUCAGAAGUUUUGUUGACUCUGCACAGACACCUCACCUUCAGUCGCUCGUUACUAUACCAACACCUCACAGCUGGUGAGACUCUGUCCGCCACUUGGACCCCUUUUCGUUGUUUCGUCAUCACUUUCUCGCCUUUAAGUUGCAGUACGAUUCCUGCAAACUGAAUCCUCAUCGAUGAUGCGAUAGCGAUGUCCUCGUCCCCUUCGUCGGUGAAGCAGAGAUCGCCGAAACGGACCUCCCCGGGGAGGACGCCCCUCGCAGAGCGGACACAGUCUCAAGCCAACGAGCUAUCUUUCCGGUCCGGUAGAGAUGCGCGGGCCGAACAAGAGAAUAUCAGCAUUUACAACACCACUCCUUUUCCAACCAAACCGGCUCAUGUCCUGCUACCGAGUUCGAUCAAGAAAAAGAAGGACACUCCCGGGUCGAGCACCAGUUUCUUCGGUUUCCCGUGGGAAGUCAACAGUGGGAGGAGCAAUGACGGGCAACGGACGCCUCAAGGCGCGGCACGGCAGGGCGUGAAGUUGAAACGAUCUGUCAAAGCAUUGAGGGAACUCUACGAAUCUCAGGCGGAAGACUCUUCUUGUCCUUCAACAGCUACAUCACCACCGCUCCGACCGAGCACGGCAAAUUCGACGCGACUGAGAAGUGUAAGCUCAAGUGAGAGUCUAUCUGGAGCAUUUGCGUGGGAUUCUCUACGCAAAAUCUCUUCUGAUGAUUUGGCUUUGUUACCGACUUUGCCGGCGGGCAGGCGUCCAGUGAAGAGAUUGUCGUCCGGAUCAUCUUUCAUCUCCAUUGCGGAGCGCGUGGCCGCCACAUCAAGCCCAAACUAUAGAGUCCUAGGUGUGACUUCAAGUCCUAGACCACCAGCCUUUCAAGAUCUGUCUGGCGCUGUUCUUGAACCGUUUUCAGAGGAUCCUAGCUCGAGUAUUGCUCAAGACAGCUCCUCAAGUCCAAAUAUCGUCCGCCUAGCAACUACGUCGAGCACAGAACACCUCCCACUGCCCGAUAUAUCCUCGAGCCCACUCGUGGUUAAAUUAGGCACUUCUUCUCCUGGAGGUCCUCGGCAUGGAGGCCUGGAAUACUCGAGGUUUUCGCGGUCUUCCUCGACAUCGUCGAGGAAGCGCAAACGCUCUGAGACCGUUGGAAGCACCCAAAGCUUUGCAGAAAGAGCCGGCGCAAGGAACCCUCUCGCAUCCAGUCCACCGUUGGACCCGUACAUUCCGACCUCGGCAGCAGCUAGCAUCAUUUCUCCAGAUAACCGUGGGUUUCUUUCUUCGGCGCCUCAAAGCAUACGACAGGUAGAGGAUUCCCAGGAUGAGUCCAGCCCUAUCGUGCGAAGAAUCGCCAGUAGCGACCUGCCGAGUUCCGAUAAUAGUUCUCUCUCAGGAACUCACGCCAGCCUUCAAGCCGCUCUUAGCUCGAGUCCUCCUCGAAUCCAGUAUCCUAUCGUACGCGCGCCACCACGAAGCCAACACGUUGGCCUUGUGGUUCCGAAGCGGGCGUCUCGCAGUAUGUCCACUGAUGGUGGCCGGCCGAUAUUUGCAUCUCGACUUUCAGCAGUGCCAUCCGAAGCUUCGAGAGGAAUCAAAACUCGCUCCGCAAGUGUAGCUUCGUCCGAGCUCGAGCUAGACGUAGAUGACUACUUGCAUUCGGACGAACUUGCUCCAGCUUCGGCCUAUAUCAUCAAUGACGUUGGUAACCAAUCUCAGAUUCGGAUUGUACUGGACCAGGAGAAUGAAAGUCACGAGGCCUCCGACGAGGUGUCAGCCCUUCCUUCGAGCGAUGAGGUAUACAGAUCACCUUCUCAUCCUAGCCGCAGUGGCAGCUUUAUCUAUUCACCGACUUCAUCGCAGCAAUCGCGACUUAAUUCCAUGAAAUCAUUUACGCAGUUACGACAUCAACAUAGUUUUCUUUCUCGGCCAACUUCUUCAGGAAGCACGAGCACAGCCGCCAAUGGUCUCCCAAUACCGACGUGGGCCAAGCGAUAUUACUCGGGCUUUUAUCACGACUCCUUCCAAUACCUGUACGCCAGUAACUCCCAAGCGAAUUUGCAUAAUCUAGCCCUGUCGCCGAGCCGAGUAUCACGGCCAGAUGAUCCAAAUGCCCAAGUCAGCGACAAUGGCAGCCCGCAACGACCACGUAGCUUUCACCAGGUGUUGACGGAGCGUGUCGAAGCCCUACUCAAAACCCGUUCCCGUCCCCGUGUUGAAGCCAGAAAGUCACAUAUCAUCCCCGGCGUGGGACCACUUGUGUCCAACCCAGUCCGCGAACAACCCGCGACUGCAGCUCUGCAUCAACGUAGUCAGACAUAUUCACUCUCCCGACAGCAAACGCCCACCGCGCAGAAUCACAACCGAUCUCUCUCUGCGCCACUUUCUCCUGCUGAUCCUCGUGCUCAUUGGGCUGGCGUGGUAGAAAUACACCAACAGCCACUGCUCCAUGGUCGCUCCUCCUACACCAUCCACCACACGCACUACCGUCGAUACAGCAACGGCGGAUACAGUGUCAGUCCUUCCGAAAGCCAGUCCGUCAUCUACCAUCCUUCACCGGUCCAUCAAAGGACAUCUCGGCGCUGGUCAGGGUCGCCGCAUUUGCACCACGACAACCGGCUCAACACUGGGUCUAGCGCGUCGAGGGGGUUCGGGUUUCCAUUCAACUCGCACAGCCGUUGGACGGCACCCAGCAUCAUCACCACACGAUCUGGCGGCUUCAUGCCGCGCGCCAACCUGCGCAGCACUCAAGUUGCCUGUUUCGCGCUGGGCUUUGUCGUGCCUCUGACUUGGUUCGUCGCUGCGUUCCUCCCGUUGCCACGUCGACCCAGCUCGUAUGCCGAUCUGGAGAAGGCAGCAUACGCCAACGCCAUCUCCCACGCCGCGAGGGGUUCGGAGCGCACGUCGAGGCAGCAAUACAUGCCACCCGAGGAAGCGUUGAGUGAGUGGGAGCAGAUGGACGUCCUGGCGCGACUGCGCACCGAACGACAACUCGCCGGCGCGGCCGAGCUGAAAUUCCAAAACGCCCGGUGGUGGCGAAACCUGAACCGCUGGAUGUGUGCUGUCGGCGUGGUUGUCUGCGUCUUGAUUAUCGUCCUUGCCGUCUUGGGUACCAGGAGGAAAUGGUAAACUGCUGCUCGAGCUUUACGGGAGCAUCACAAGAUUUCUAGAAUUCUUUUCUCGUCUACCUCUUUUAUACCCCCCGGGUUUUCUUUUUUCUUGAAGUGUUGGAUUUAGCGGGCGUUUUCUCUCUCUCUACGUUUGUGAUCGGCACUCGUCUUGCCCUUCUUCUUUUGUGUCUUUUAAACCCCCCAGAAAUUUUUCUGAUGGGUUUCACCACCUUCCCAGCCCCUUUUUGUUUUUCCUUUUUCACUUAUAUCUCUCUCGGUUCUCCCUCUGGCUUGGUGUGAGCCCAUGGAAAACGGACUUGACGAAACGAAGGACUUUUAGACAGAACAGUGUACUAUAUAUAUAUACC